AUGCAGGAAGCGACUUCUGUAUCGGACGGCCACGGUCCAGGACCGUCGACGCUGAAGUACGCAAGGCGAAUUGUCCUGCUGCAGUACGAGGCACGCUUGCCGCCGACAUCCAGCGCGUUUGUCUGGCCGCCGGGCUCGAUUCUCUUGCGUGCUCAGGCCUGGCUCGAUCGUGACUUAUUUGGCGAGAACAAGGUUGGCUCGAGCCGAAGGUACCGAACGCUCUUUCUCCGCGAACUCUGCGCCCGGCUCGAUGCGGCUGUCCAGGUGGAAUGCGAAUUGCUCCGAUCGCAAGGAGUAGAUGAGAUCGAGUUUCCAGAGGUCGAUGCAGCGCUGCUUGAGCGGUAUGUCGAAGCCAUGGCCGGCGGCUCUUCGAGACCAGUAACGACGAUCAGCAGCUCAACCCCGGACGACGAGUUCACGACGCACUAUUGGCCCUGCUCUGGCCGCAGCCAGGCCGAGUCGGACGACGACGAUGACGAUCUGCUAGACAGCUAUGCAAGCGUCACGAUCAGAGAAGAGGGAAGCGCAAUCUCGAAGGGUACGACGGGUCUGCGGACGUGGGAAGCUGGAUUGCGAUUGGCAGGUCACCUUGUCAGCGAGCCGUCGCUGGUCACCUCGAGCGGCGCGCGGGUAGUGGAGCUUGGCUCCGGCGCUGGCUUCGUCGGGGCAGUAUGCGCCAAGCUGCAGGUAAUGUCGACCGCCCAGGUUGCACGCACCUUCAUGACCGACAUGCCCGGCCAGGUGAUCACGCGUAUCAACGAUACGCUCGCCACCAACGGCCUCGACUCGCCGCAGUCGUGUGUCGAGGUGCACGAGCUGGACUGGCUCGAGAUUAGCGCCGAGCGUCAGCAGAGUAGGCAGAGAGACGACCUCCCCAUGCUCAACUUUCUCAACCGAGCCAAACCUUCGUUGGUGCUCGCCGCCGAUGUCGUCUACGACCCCGAUCUGAUCGGGCCGCUCGUCGAGUCGAUCCGCGCGUGUCUGGAAGCGGGCACGCGAGAAUGCCAGGCUUUGGUGGCCAGCACCAUCCGCAAUGCGGACACGUAUGGAGCGUUCAAGGCAUCCUUGUCCGCACAUGGGCUCAGCGCGAGCGUCGUCGAGUUGCGAUGCCCGGUCGUUCCGAUCCCCGGAGAUCAGUGCAUUGACAUGCCAGAUCUUCGCUUGUUCCCUUCCGUACACGAUUCUGCCUUGCAUGGGCCCGGCCCGGCGGCGGCCAUCUCUGCUGCUGCGGGAUGCGGUCAGGCUCUCUUAGUGCGAAGUUUUCCGAGGCUCGAGGCCCUUUCUGUGCCGAACGCGUGGCUCAAGCGGUCCCAGAUGGCGAGCAAAAUUCGAUUUUGGCGCCGCGGCACGGCAUGGCAGCUGGCGUGGUCUCGGAACGGUCAGCAGCGCGAGCGCAAGUUCUGCCGACACGAGACCCGCGGAAAAGCCUCGCACAUCCGACCCAACGAUGACAGUCUUUGCAAUGCCGAGACUGCCGACGAGGAGCACGACACGCUGGGUGCGGUGAUGCAGAGAAGAAACUGCAGCAUGUCGUUGAAUCCUGGCGACGGAAUGUCGGGUCGAGUACAGCAUCCGAACGGCCAGUAA